GAUUUGAGUUUUAAUGUUUACAUCUUUUGAAGACACACCUCUCACCAAUGAGUUAAUCAGUAAAUCAUCACCCUUAGAGGAAACAGAGAGGCAAAUCAUUCUUGAGGAGCUGAGGAUCAUAAUCAAGAGUCAAAGUAUCACUGGCAGAACUGUAGAAGCAUAUGAGAACAAGAGAGAUGCCCUGGCAAAGACACCAAAGAAACCCCCAGCUAGGCUGGAAAAAUUUGGAAAUCAGAAAGUGGGUGAUUUUACAGUGAAGGACAUGAAGCCUUCUGCUGAAUCAGAGAGGUACAGACACCCUCAGCCCUCACCUUUAGAUGCUGAGCCAGGGCUGCUGCUGAAGCAAAUAACUGCAGUAGACAGGACAAACGAUUAUACUGAGGAGGACACUGUCACUGAGUCUGUAACUUACAGCUGCAUCAAUGAAUCAAUCUGGGUCUGUCUUGUAAAUAUAAAGAACUCCUCUGUUCUCUGCAAAUGUCUUUUUUGA